AUGUUGCCAACGACGCUGAAAAGCUGCAUGGACGAGCUCUCUCGGUACAUGGACGUCUUCACGUCUGCAGCGGGCAAACCGCAACACCUCACGAUUGUUGGUGAUUGUGUCUACUGGACGCAGGGCAAGCAGCAGAUGCUGUACUCGGCGCCGGUCGGCUUGGAAGUCGCCGAGGCCUUCCGUGUCAUUGCCGCAGACGAGCAGGAAGCCGGGGACGAGAAGCAGCUCACCAAGGAGGAGGAGAUGCUGCGCGAGCGGACGCGCAGCCAGACGACCGGCAUCAAAAAGUUUCACGUUCGCUGCAGCGACGGCGCCAUCUUCUACACGAGCGGCGUCGAAGUGUAUGUCUACUACCAGAAUGGGCCGCGUGCCGGCAAGACACCUCUGAAGCUGUUCGACUACAUGUCUGAGAAGGACAAGGCUCACUUCAAGGCGAUGGGCAGCAAGCCAAACCUCUUUGUGCAGGCCAUCAAAUCCUUUGAUGAGUCGCACCCGAGCACCCACACCGUCAUGACGUUUGCCAAUAACAACAAUGUGUACAAGGCAACCCUGACGGAGAACCCCGAAAGCGAGGAGAUACCGCUGGCCGUCACCGUUGAGCAGAUCACGCACAUCGGGGACGACUUGCACCAGUGCGGCGUGGCCGAUUACAUCAUCCAGGAAGAGUUCUCGCGGUACACUGGGCACUACGCGACGGACCGGUACAUUGUCUUCUCCUACAUCGACUCCUCCAACAUGCGCUCUGUGGCCCUGCUCAGCAGUGUGGGGUCUCCUGAGGUGCCGGCGGCGGAGCCGAUGUGCCCGACCUACGCGACAGAGGUGGAGGAGAUGCCGUACUCCCGUGUCGGUGACCCGAACGCGCGCACGACACUUGUCGUGUACGACACCGCCACGAAGCAGCUGCGUCUGCUCCCCGACGUCGCCAUUCGAAGGGUGGCACCGUGGGCAGAGUACAUUCUUCGCUUCGGCUUCAAAGAUGCAGAAACCCUCUAUCUUUCGGUCGUGAGUCGCGCACAGGAGGACUACGCGGUGAUGUGCUGCCCCAUCGCGGCGCUACCCACCAUCGCCAAAGAGGAAGAGCUGCGGUCCCUCUACACUGAAAAGGACGGCCAAGUCGCUGCGAACAUUAUUGGCGAUGCCGCCGCGCCGGAGUUGCACGUGGAGUGGAAGCAACACAUUGACUUUGCGUGGGUGGAGUGCCCGCCCGGGGUGCCGGUGCACUACGGCAAGGUGUACGACGUGCUUUGCUGCCACGCAGCAGAGACGGAGACGGCGCAUUACCACCUCUACGCCCGUCCCGCCGGCGACCGCAAUCCAGAGGCAUGGAAGCCGCUGACGGCGGGAGCGUGGAACGUGUGUGCAGGCACGCAGCAUGUGUGUGAGGACCGCGUGUACUUCCUGGCGAACGCCGAAGGGCGCCUGAAGCGCAUUCUGUACUCCGUGCCGCUGUCGCUGGAGAGUGCGCCGCGCACGGCCGACGCACUGACGCGCCUCACUCCGCUGGACGAACACGUCUACAGCUACUGUGUCAAGGGUGACCAUCUCUACUACGUCUCCAGCACCGCCGCUGCACCGGCGAGGCUCUAUGUGAGCUGCGUAUCAGCACCGCAGAAGAGAGCGGAGGUCACCGUUCCGUCAUUGAUCGCUACAACGCCAGGAGCCGACCCAGCCACAAAAACAGAUCCAGCCCACUACUUUGGAGGUCUGCCGGUUGUGACUCCGAAGAUUGUGACCGUGACGAGUCGUCGCAGGGUACCACUGAGCGUAGCGGUGUUCGUCUCGCCAAGCGCGCCAAAGGAUGCACCAGGGCCACUAGUCCUGUUCAUCUACGGCGGACCACAUGUGCAGCUUGUGUUUGAGAACGACUACGAGACCCGCUGCAAGGCCCCGGUGCAGGUAUUGCUGCAGCACGGCAUCUCUGUUGCCUUAGUGGACAACCAAAUGAGCAACGCCAACGGGCUGCGUGACUUGAGCAUCUGCAAGAAGAACUUUGGCAACUUCGAGACAGACGACUACGUCGAUGUGACGCAGUACCUCUGCAACACGCCGGCGUCCGAGAUCGGUUUCCCCGCCAGCCUCCGUUUUGACGCAAAGCGUGUGGCGAUCUGUGGCUGGUCCUACGGUGGCUAUGCAACCCUCCUCGCCAUGUGCCAGGCGGCGGAUGUCUUUCGGAUCGGCUUCGCCGGUGCGCCCGUUGGCGACUGGAAACUGUACGACACAGGCUACACAGAGCGCUACAUGGGGACCCUUUACGAGGCGGACCGCAACGCUGAAAGCGGUGCAUCACGAAACAGGAACGAGACCUACAUGACGUCCACCAUUAGCCACUACGCCGGCGGCUUUCCCGAGGAGUGCAACCGCCUCUACAUCGCACACGGCCUCCUCGACGAGAACGUGCACUUUGGCCACAGCUGCCACGUUGUGAAGGCAUUGAUCGACAACGCCAAGCCGUAUAGCAUGCUGCUGUACCCAGGAGAGCGCCACGGCCUGCGCCAGAACCGCCAAUCACGCCUGCACCACGACGCACUUCUUGUCAAGACCCUAGAAGAGCAGCUCUAG